AUGAUUGUCCUGUUUGCACCCACAUCGUCAUUAGUCCUUCAGAAUGGGGUUUUACUGAUGAUUGGAGAAAAGCCUCUCUUCAUGUUCUGCCUGCCCCCUGCAGAUGUAAACGAGUGUGGAGUAAAACCCCGGCCGUGCCAACACCGGUGUGUGAAUACGCACGGGAGCUACAAGUGCUUUUGCCUCGGCGGCCACAUGCUCAUGCCAGAUGCCACAUGUGCGAACUCCAGGACGUGUGCCGUGACGAGCUGCCAGUACGCCUGCGAAGACACGGAGGAGGGGCCGCGCUGUCUGUGUCCGUCCUCGGGCUUGCGCCUGGCCCCCAAAGGGAGAGUCUGUAUAGACAUCGACGAAUGUGCCUCCGGUAAAGCUGUCUGUCCUUAUAAUCGAAGAUGUGUGAACACGUUCGGCAGCUACUACUGCAAAUGUCAUGUUGGUUUCGAACUGAAAUAUGUCAGGGGCCGAUAUGACUGCGUAGAUAUAAACGAAUGUGCCGUGAAUACCCAUACGUGCAGCCUCUAUGCCAAUUGCCUCAAUACCCAAGGAUCCUUCAAGUGUAAAUGCAAGCAGGGAUAUAAAGGUAAUGGACUUCAGUGUUCCGUUAUCCCUGAAAAUUCUGUGAAGGAAGUCCUCAGAGCACGUGGUGUCAUCAAAGACAGAAUCAAGAAGUUGCUGGCUCACAAAAACAUGAAAAAGAAGGUAAAAAUUAAAAAUGUCAUCACAGAACCUUCUGGAACUCCUGCCCCUAAGGUUAACUUGUGGCCCCUCAACUCUGAAGAGACUGUUUCCAGAGCUAGGAACUCUAAUGGAGGAAAAAAACAGAAUGAAGAGAGAAAGAAAGAGGGCCUUGAGGAAGAGAAAAAAAAUGAGAAAGCCCUGAAAAACCACGUGGAGCGGGAGCAAAGCCUUUGAGGAGAUGUGUUCUCCCCUAGGGUCAAUGAAGCAGGUGAAUUGGGUCUGGUUCUGGUCCACGGAAAACCUGGAACAUCCAGAUUCGAACACAAAGCAGAUUUAAAUAUCUCAGUUGACUGCAGCUUUGACCAUGGGGUCUGUGACUGGAAACAGGAUAUAGAGGACGGCUUUGACUGGAAUCCCGCGGACCGAGACGAUGCUGUUGGCUACUAUAUGGCAGUUCCGGCCCUGGUGGGCCGUAAGAAGGACGUUGGCCGGUUGAAACUCCUCCUCCCUGACCUGCAACCGCAAAGCAAUUUCUGUUUGCUUUUUGAUUACCAGCUGGCCGGAGACAAAGUAGGGAAGCUUCGAGUGUUUGUGAAAAACAGUAACAAUGCCCAGGCCUGGGAGGAGACCAGAAGUGAGGAUGAGAGGUGGAAGACUGGGAAAAUUCAGUUCCAUCAAGGGAUCGGCACUACCAAAAGUAUCAUUUUUGAAGCAGAACGUGGCAAGGGCAAAAGUGGAGAAAUUGCAGUGGAUGGCAUCUUGCUGCUCUCGGGCUUGUGUCCAGAUGGCCUUUUAUCUGCGAAUGGCUGA